AGCAAGAUGGCGGCGCGCUGGAGCAGUGAGAAUGUGGUGGUGGAGUUUCGCGACGCUCAGGCCACCGCCAUGUCCGUGGACUGCCUGGGUUCUCAUGCUGUGCUGUCCGGCCGGCGGUUCCUGUACAUGGUGAACCUGGAGGCGCCAUCAGAACCUCCUCGGAAGAUCGGUCGCCAGAGCAAGUGGGACGUGGGCACGGUCCAGUGGAACCCCCACAAGUCAGAGUCACACGUGUUCGCCGCCUCGAGUAACCAGCGUGUGGAUCUGUACUCGUGGAGGGGGGGCUGUGGAGAGGUUCACGCCUCCCUGCAGGGACACACCCGGGUCAUCAGUGAUCUGGACUGGUCCUGGUUCGAACCGGAGCUCCUGGUCACUAGCUCCGUGGACACGUACAUCUACAUCUGGGACACCAGAGACACUCGGAAACCCACGGUGGCGCUGUCUGCGGUCGCCGGAGCGUCUCAGGUGAAGUGGAACAGGAAGAACCCGAACCUGCUGGCGUCGAGUCACGAUGGAGACGUACGGAUCUGGGACAGAAGAAAGCCGAACACGGCCGCAGAGUACCUGGCAGCUCACCUGUCCAAGAUCCACGGCCUCGACUGGCAUCCGGACAACGAGUUCAUCUUGGCCACGUCGAGUCAGGACAACUCCGUGAGGUUUUGGGAUUACCGACAGCCCAGGAAGUACCUGAACAUCCUGCCGUGCCAGGUGCCGGUGUGGAAGGCCCGGUACACGCCCUUCUCCAACGGGCUGGUCACAGUGAUGGUUCCUCAGCUGAGGAGAGAGAACAGCCUGUUGCUGUGGAGCACGCUCGACCUCAACAGUCCCGUCCACGCCUUCGUGGGCCACGAUGACGUCGUGCUCGAGUUCCGCUGGCGGCCUCAGAAAGAAGGCUCAAAGGAUUACCAGCUGGUCACAUGGUCCAGAGAUCAGACCCUGAGGAUAUGGAGGGUGGAUCCUCAGCUGCAGAGGCUGUGUGUCAGUGAUGUGGUCGAGGACAAGAUGGAGGACAUGUCCCUGACGGUGGAGUCUGAGAAGUCUUUGUCCUCUCAGGAGCCAGAGAGUCACCACAGCGUCGCUGCUGCAGCUGGGAACCUGCAGGACCCGGGCGCCGCUCUGGGCUCCGGGGCUCGUCCGGACUCGGUGCUGGGUUCAGGUCUCCCUCAGACGCUGCAGCAGGAGUUCUCUCUGGUCAACCUGCAGAUCAGGAACGUCAACGUGGAGAUGGACGCGGUGAACUGCAGCUGUGUGGUGUCGGCUCACUUCGGCAGCCAUCAGGUCCACCUGGUGGUGAAGUUUCCCGCCCAGUAUCCCAACAACGCCGCCCCGACCUUCCAGUUCGUCUCGCCCACCACCAUCCCGUCCGCCAUGAGGACCAAGAUCCAGAAGAUCUUGACGGACACGUCUCUGCAGAAGGUGAAGAGGAACCAGAACUGUCUGGAGCCGUGUGUCCGCCAGCUGGUGUCCUGCCUGGAGUCCGACAUGACGCAGGAGGACGCCCCCUCCGGCCCCUUCGUGCUCUCCAACCCGGUCACUCCGGCCCUGCAGGCGUUUCCUCGAGUCACCAACACGUACGGUUCCUAUCAGGACGCCAACAUCCCGUUCCCUCGGACGUCCGGCGCUCGCUUCUGUGGCACCGGCUGUCUGAUGUACUUCACCCGACCAAUCACCAUGCACCGCUCCGCCCCCCAGACCGAGCCCACCCCCAGAUCUCUUUCAGCUCUAUCGGCCUAUCACAGCGGCGUGUUGACCCCGAUGAAGAUGCGUUCAGAGUCUCAGAGCACGCUGCGGCUCUACAGCGGCAGCCCGACCCGCUCUGAUAAAGACACCGUCUCCAUCUCGUCCUUUUACUAUAAAGAACGGAAGCUCCCAAUCUCUGCCUCUCGCCGCUGGUCUGUCCAAACCCUCCACGAUUGGCCGAAAUCCCGCCGGUUCAAGACGAAGCGCGAGGGGACGGACUACGGCAACCGUCCAAUCAAGCUGGCCGGGAAAGUCAUCAUCCAGGAGAUCUCCUGUCUGCUGGCCGUCCACAAAGCUCUGGGAGAGAGUUACAUUCUGAACGUGAACGACAUCCAGGAAACGUGUCAGAAGAACGCAGCCUCGGCGCUGGCAGUUGGACGCAGAGACGUGGCCAAGGUUUGGGCUCUGGCGUCUGCAGCGACCAAUCAGGAGCUGAGUCCUGAUUCCGACCCGGACACUGAGACUCCCUGGGCCAGACACCCGUUUGGACGCCACCUGCUGGAGACUCUUCUGGAUCACUACAGUCGGAUGAGUGACGUUCAGACUCUGGCGAUGCUCUGCAGCGUGUUCAGAACUCAGGCUCCGCCUCCAGACUGUUACUCUCUGUACGGACAACAACCUUCACGCUCCGCCAUGUUCCCCCCCCAACACUCACGAUACCCCAGCUACACCUCGGGCUCCGUCGGCUCCGGCUCCUGCUCCAGCACCUCGGACUCCAUCACUACGACCACCUGGAACCCGGGCCGAGACUCGGAGCACGUGAACCCCUGGGGGGAAUCCUCCCCCGACGACGGUCGCUAUGGAAACCCGGGGUACACAGACCCCCGGGAACGAGAGCGAGAGCAGCACGACAUGAACAAGAGACUGCUGGACCCGGCCAACACGCUGCAGUUCGACGACUUUAAGAAGUGUUACGGUGAAAUCCUGUACCGCUGGGGUCUGCGAGAGAAACGAGCCGACGUGCUCAAGUUUGCUUCCUGUCCGCCGGAACCUCACAAAGGAAUCGAGUUCGGUGUGUACUGCUGUCACUGUCGCAGUCAGGCCCGCGGGACGCAGUGCGCCGUGUGCAAGCGUCUGACCUUCCAGUGCGCCAUCUGUCACGUGGCCGUCCGAGGCUCCUCCAACUUCUGCCUGAGCUGCGGCCACGGAGGACACACCAGUCACAUGAUGGACUGGUUCCGCCAGCAGGACGAGUGUCCCACCGGCUGCGGCUGCCACUGUCUCCUGCAGAGCACCUUCUGACCUUCUGACCUCUGACCUCUGACCUUCUGACGCAGACCAACAAAACCAGCGCACUCCUCUAGGCAUCAGAGAUGAGACUCAUCUGAGACACAGAGGAGGAUUCUGACUCACACACACAAACACAGACACACACUUCUCCUAUUUGUCUUUAUGAAGGAACAUUUUCACUCUGUCAACAAAAAGGCUCAAAGAGAUCUGACAAUAAAACAGCCGGAAAUAAAAUGUAUUAAUGUUUUUACUCUGAAGACGACAAACAAACAUUAAAACAUC